AUGGAGCCGAACCACCUCCAAAACCUCUUCUGCAUCUGUGACAUCAACCAGUCCGGUAAAAUUGAGUUUGAGGACUUCACGGUUGUGUGCCGGGAGCUCAACGUGCCCGAUUCCGAGGUCCAAACAUUGUUCGGCAAGUUCGGCGUGGACGACGAAGGCUGUAUCGACUUCGGAAGGUUUUCGUGCAGGUUUAAGGAGGUUUUUCAGACUAUGGGGCCUGAUUUCUCAACGGUCGGUUCGGGAAUGUCGUUUGCGGCUCGGUUCGAUAUCGACGACGGUGUGCUGUCCGAAAGUCUGAAGGAGCAACUUGCCGACCUUUACCAGGCCAUUCAUGCGUGUGCCAACGCAAGUCUUCUGCAGCAGUAUGAGCAAGUUGUCCGCUCUGUGGUCAGCCAAAGCCUGGACAUCAGACUGGAAUGCUACCAGCUGGAGGCCAGUUUGAGGCGAGUGGAAGACAUGAACAGCAGCCAGUUGUCCGAACUGGAGGACGACAUGCAGAGGCAACUUGCCGGCACUGAGGAAAGAGCAAGAGCUGAGGAGCGCAAGAAAAUGGAGGAAGUCAUGUGUAACAUGCAGAGGAAACACGAGAAUCGCAUUGCAGACAUGCAGGUCACUGUGGACCGUCUAUUACAGAGCCAAGAGGAAUCACAGGUUGGGCGUUUCAAGGAGGAGGAACUUAAAGUAACCAAACGCAUCGGCGAACUGUCGCAGGAAAACGAGUUCCUGCGCUCCUCCUUGCGGGAGGCUCAGACCAGCAUCAGCGUCCUGCACUCGGAGCUGGACAAGCUGAAGAACAUGUACGCCGACGAACGUGCGCAGCAUGAACGAGAAACAAACCAGUUAAAGAAGAUGGUGAUAGAGUAUGAGACUUCCGCCAGUCAUAUUGAGAUUUUGCAGGAGAGGAACAAGGAACUUUAUGACAGCAACGAAAUCUUGCGCGCCACCUUGGAAACAGAAACGAAACGCAAGCUCCCAUUGAACGAUGAAGUCCCAGCUCAAAGGAAGAAGCCCAUAAGGCAGAGUACUCAAAAGAGUUUGAGCAUAGAAUCAGAGAAAUCGACCAUGUCUGAGGUGUCCUCGUGGGCCGAAAAGUACCUGGACAGCGGCGUCUCUCUGCCGUUAGACAGCUCGGCCAGCGACUUUGACAUGGAAACUGACGAUGGCCGAGACUCCACGGAGACCGUCCACAUCAGCUACUCGGACCAUGAGUUUUUGGACGCCAAAUCUGAGGCGGGGCUGUCUCUCUGUCAGAGUUUUGCAAGCUCCAACGCAUCUGCCUUUCGAAAGCUGUUGCCUGCUUUUAAUAAUGAGGUAGUCACACCUGAUGUGUGCGACAUGGAUGACACCGCGCCAAUCUACAGUCUUGUCUUGGCCGGAGACUCCGGAGCGGGCAAGUCCAGCUUCCUGCAUCGACUGGCAUUCAACCAGUUUAGAGACGACAUACAGACCACACUAGGUGUCGAUUUCCAGAUGAAAAAAAUGAUCGUAGAUGGACAAAUGACCAACCUGCGGAUAUGGGACACAGCUGGACAAGAAAGGUUCCGGAGUAUUGCUAGGUCUUAUUUCCGAAAAGCUGAAGGGGUCCUGCUCUUAUACGACGUGACGUCAGAACCAAGUUUCCUCAGCAUUAGAGACUGGCUAGAUCAGAUUCGGGAUUCCGCAGAUGAAAAAAUCCCCGUUUGCAUUAUUGGCAACAAGGUAGAUAAGAGAGAACACACGCCCGCUAAGCGCUGUGUUAGCACUUCGCACGGAGAAAAGUUGGCUACGGCGUACGGCGCGUUGUUCUGCGAAACCAGCGCCAAAGAAGGAACCAACGUGGUGGAAGCGGUGCUUCAUCUGGCCAGGGAAGUGAAGAAGAACGUGAAAGUGGUGAAGCCUAAAACAUCUCCGGUGGAACUGGCUGCCGACAGUGCAAAGAAGACUUUUGGCACAUGCUGCCGACUGUAG